UUCAAAUUUUCAUAAGAGGAAGAAUUGCGCUCCCUUCUUCAAACGCUAAGCUGCAGCGGGGUUGAGAGAGACAAAAGAGAGCUCUGAAAAAUGAAGAAGCCAACUCGUCGCUCAAAGCAAAAGAGCGGCUCCGAUUCUUCUUCUUCGCCGUCGAUCAUAUCCGGCGAUAAAGAAAACCAUGACAAAAGAAUCAAUGAUUUAGAGCUAGAAAACGAAGCUCUUAAGAGGGAGAUUGAGGAACUAAGGAGCAAAAUGGAUGAUGUUACACCCAAUUCCUGUGUUGGUGUUCAAAAACUGAAUCAAGGUUAUCCUCAAAAUUCAAAGACCUGUGCAGGAAAGGUUGUGGAGUUGAAGAAACUAGGCAUACAGUCUCAACUCUCAGCAAAAAAGCCUGGAUCUGAUAAAAUGUCAGAACAGUUUCAAGAUGAGAUUCAGAGAUUAAAGGUUCAAAAGGUUCAGCUCCAAUGCAAGAUGAAGCUCGAGUCAAUGCAGUUUAGGUUAUGUAAGACUUCACUCGAAAAAGAAAUUCUUCAGCUUAAGAAAGAGCAAAGAAGGAACAACUAUGAGAAGCAUGUGCUCUCAACUCUCAACCAGAGGCAAAAGCAUGUUUUGCAGCGAAAAACAGAAGAAGCUUUUGUGGCAGCAAAACGUCUGAAAGAUCUAAUAGAAUCCAAAAAGGCUUCAUGUGGCAAAAUAGCUGAUGCUAGAAAUGGCAGCAAAUUUGGAACUAAGGGUAUUGAGCAGGAUUUUGAAGUCAAAAUGAAGCUUGAUGAAGUAUGUGCUAAAUAUGAACAUCGAAUUGAAAAGAUGGUUGAUGAGAUAAAGAAACUCAAGCUAGAAGUGGAGAUACUUAGGGAGGAAAAAUCUAGUUGCAGGUCACAGGAUAAAGAAGCUGCCAUAAAUGAUUCAGAGUUAAUUGAUCUAAGAGAAGAAGUUGCUAAACUGAGUUGUAUGGUUAGCCAAAUGAAUAUGUCAAAGGCACAACUCAUUCAAGCAGAGAGGUCACAAGUCGACUCAGUCCGGACUUCUGUUUCCGUUGGGAGUAAUAUUCAUGCAUCAGACAUGGAUACAUUUGAAGCGGAACAUUCUGAAGGAAUUAUUGCAAUGAUAGAACGACCUUCAGGAGUCUGCUGCUCCUGUUCUAAAAAGUCUUUGUGUAAGACCCUGAAAUGUGAAUGUCGGGCUACAGGUAGCAACUGUGGAAUGUCUUGUGGCUGUGCAAUGGCUAAGUGCACAAACAGAGAGAAAGUUCCAUUCAAAUUAGAUGACAUGCCACAACCAAAGAUGGUACAAGACAUCAUGCCAGGCAACAUUGAAGAAGAGAAGGGCACAAUUCAAGAUGCAAUUCUGCUUCAAAAUAAAGUUGUUGAAAACCUUUUUGAGAUGAACGAAGACUGGGGACCUAGAAAGCAGCCAUUACGUGAGAUUGGGAACACAAUGAACACAAUUACUGGAAAACCUGGCCCUAGAAAGAAAGGGCAAAAAGCAGCUAUUCAGCCUCUUUCUCUGCUGGAAAAUACAAAAUGUCCUAGAAGAACAAACAAAAAUUCAGGAUAGCCCGUAUAAUUUUUCAACUGCCCUCGAUAUCGGCAGAAGCAUGUGUUCCUGCUCCAAGUAUUCUAGUCAGGAAACAAUUAAAUCGCCUGGGAAAGUUAUUGCUUUGUCCUUUUUAGUGAUCCUUCAUAUGGAAUUUUGAGACAUUCCUACAAAUUAUUAUAGAGAAGAAAAAAAAAAGGGAUUGUAAUUCGUAUACAAUUUCUUCUAUUCCUAUUC